AUGUCGAUGCUGCCGUCGUUUGGCUUCACGCAGGAGCAGGUCGCCUGCGUCUGCGAGGUGUUGCAGCAAGGGGGGAACUUGGAGAGGUUGGGCCGGUUCCUCUGGUCGCUGCCCGCCUGCGACCACCUGCACAAGAACGAGAGCGUCCUUAAGGCCAAGGCCGUGGUGGCCUUUCACCGCGGCAACUUCCGCGAGCUCUACAAGAUUCUGGAGAGCCACCAGUUCUCCCCCCACAACCAUCCCAAGCUGCAGCAGCUCUGGCUGAAGGCUCACUACGUAGAAGCCGAAAAAUUGAGGGGCAGACCCUUGGGCGCCGUCGGUAAAUACCGCGUCCGCCGAAAAUUCCCUUUGCCCCGCACCAUCUGGGACGGCGAGGAAACCAGUUACUGCUUCAAGGAGAAAUCCCGGGGCGUGCUACGGGAAUGGUACGCCCACAACCCCUACCCGUCCCCCCGAGAGAAGCGGGAGCUGGCGGAAGCCACCGGCCUCACCACCACCCAGGUCAGCAACUGGUUCAAGAACCGGAGGCAGCGGGACCGAGCGGCAGAGGCGAAGGAAAGGGAGAACACGGAAAACAACAACGCCGCUACCAACAAACCGAACCAACUCUCGCCUCUGGAUGGGAGCAAACCGCUUAUGUCCAGCUCCGAGGAAGAAUUUUCUCCUCCUCAAAGCCCGGAUCAGAACUCGGUCCUGCUCUUGCAGGGAAACCUCAGCCACGCCAGGAGCUCCGGCUAUUCUCUGAGUGGUUUAGCGACAUCCCAGACCCCUCACAGCCUCCAAGGCCACCAGCUCCAGGACUCGCUGCUGGGACCCCUCACGUCCAGCCUGGUGGAUCUGGGAUCCUAAAGGCCCGCGGCGGCCGGCUGAAGGAUCGGGAGAGGAGGUUCCGCUUGGGGACAGAGGCUCUGGGUUGUAUAUAGAGGACAGCACCCGGUUUUACAGCUCAUCCCGCUGAUUCUUGGUGGGACUUUCAGCUCUUUUCACACAAUCCCCGCAUCGGCUACUGGUCCAGUUCCCCCUCUCUCAGCGCCUCCCACUAUUACCAUGAUUUUUAUUUUAAUUUUUUUUUUCCACGUAGCCAAAUGCAGAGAGCAGCAGAAACCCUCAGCCCUUCGACUUCAAACGAGCUGGUCCCGAAGGGAAUUACAAAAAAAAAAAAAAAAGAAAAAGAAAAAAGAAAAAAGAAAAGGACCCCCUCCUCCCCAAAUAAACCCAACCCCGGUUGGAUCCGAUCCCGCUUUAACAAACUCCAGUCUCACAGGCGUGGAGAGGGCAGGGGUGGUCGGUAAAUCCCUGCUGCUGCCCAGCCAAGACCCGUGGAGCUGGGAUGAAGGCGGAGGGAGGCGAACGGCUAUACUGAGGCCGAUGCUGGAACGGGAGGAGGGUGGGGAAGUUACGUUUACAUUUUUCAUACUUAGCCUUACCAGAAAGAUUUCGA